GUGCGAAAUAUCCAAGAUUCUGCGCUACAUCCUACCGCCGAUACAACUCCCUGUUCAAGCGAAAAACCACUGGGAAGAUCGGAAAGAAGCGGGGAAAGAAAACGGAACAGUAUUAGUACAAGUUAAAGAAUAAGUGUACGGACUGAUACCAAACGUCGCGGCUCUAGGAAGAAUAAUUCCCGAUUGCAACGAAAAUCGCUUCCGGAAGACCGCGGCAAGAGGUGCGGCCCAAGCCAAGAGUCCUGUGUGCUAGAGGCAGUAUAGGGAGGGCUUGAGCUGCAAAAUCUCCAUAUCGAAAUAACAGCUCAGGGGGGGUACAGCAGAUUAGAAAUUAUGCGUCGGUUUAUGAGGGCAGGCGUGCAGCAAAUGCGGAGCCUAGAUCAUCGAGAUAGCAUGAGGAACAUGAAUAACGAAGGCGUGGCACUGAACCGGCAGGGGAAGUACAACGAAGCCGAGAUAUUGCAUCGACGUGCAUUGUCGGGCCGGGAGAAAGCGCUCGGGCUAGAUCAUCGCGAUACAUUGCUAAGUGUCAACAAUCUUGGUACGACUCUGCACAAACAAGGAAAGUACGAAGAGGCCGAGAUUAUGCAUCGACGUGCAUUGGCGGGCCGAGAGAAAAUGCUCGGGCUAGACCAUCAAGAUACCUUAUGGAGUGUCAGCGAACUUGGUGCGACCCUGCAUGGCCAAGGAAAGUACGAAGAGGCCGAGAUUAUGCAUCGACGUGCAUUGGCGGGCGGGGAGAAAGCGCUCGGGCUAUAUCAUUGUGAUACAUUACUGAGUGUCAACAAUCUUGGUGAGACUCUGCACACGCAAGGAAAGUACGAAGAGGCUGAGAUUAUGCAUCGACGUGCAUUGGCAGGCUGGGAGAAAGCGCUCGGAAUAGACCAUCGUGAUACGUUACGGAGUGUCAACAAUCUUGGUGCGACCCUGCAUGGCCAAGGAAAGUACGAAGAGGCUGAGAUUAUGCAUCGGCGUGCAUUGGCGGGCCGAGAGAAAAUGCUUGGGUUAGACCAUCAAGAUACCUUACUGAGUUUCAGAAAACUUGGUGCGACUCUGCACAAACAAGGAAAGUACGAAGAGGCCGAGAUUAUGCAUCGACGUGCAUUGGCGGGCCGAGAGAAAGCGCUCGGACCAGACCAUCAAGAUACCUUACGGAGUGUCAGCGAACUUGGUGCGGCUCUGCAAACACAAGGAAAGUAUGAAGAAGCCGAGAUUAUGCAUCGACGCGCAUUGGCGGGCCGAGAUAAAAUGCUAGGGCAAGACCAUCAAGAUACCUUAAGGAGUGUCAGCAAACUUGGUGCGACUCUGCAUGGCCAAGGAAAUUACGAAGGGGCCGAGAUUAUGCAUCGACGUGCAUUGGCGGGCCGAGAGAAAAUGCUCGGGCUAGACCAUCAACAUACCUUGAGGAGUGUCAGCGAACUUGGCGUGACUCUGCAUGGCCAAGGAAAGUACGAAGAGGCCGAGAUUAUGCAUCAACGUGCAUUGGCGGGCCGAGAGAAAGUGCUCGGGCAAGACCAUCAAGAUACCUUACGGAGUGUUAGCGCACUUGGUGCGACUCCACAUGGCCAAGGAAGGUAUGGGGGGGCCGAGAUUACGCAUCGACGUGCAUUGGCGGGCCGGGAGAAGGCGCUCGGGCUAGAUCAUCGUGAUACAUUGCUAAGUGUCAACAAUCUUGGUGCGACUCUGCACAAACAAGGAAAGUACGAAGAGGCCGAGAUUGUGCAUCGACGUGCAUUGGCGGGCCGAGAGAAAAUGCUCGGGCUAGACCAUCAACAUACCUUGAGGAGUGUCAGCGAACUUGGUGUGACUCUGCAUGGCCAAGGAAAGUACGAAGAGGCCGAGAUUACGCAUCGACGUGCAUUGGCAGGCCGGGAGAAAGCGCUCGGAAUAGAUCAUCGAGAUACAUUACAGAGUGUUAGGGAUUUAGGUGUUGUGCUGUAUCGUCAGGGAAAGUACAAUGAAGCGGAGAUUAUACAUCGACGUGCCUUCUCGGACCAGGAGAAAAUUCUCUGGGUAGACAGUCGGGGUACUUCACAUAGUGCCAACUAUCCAAGUGCGGUGCUGCAUGAUCAGAAAAACAACAGCAGAGUAGAAAUUGCUCAUCCACAUGAAACAGCAGAUGCGGGAAACUCUUUUGGACCACAUCGCCCAGAUGUCCUACAGGGUGUUUUCCGCCUGGCUGUGACACUUCUUGCCGAGAGAAAGUACGAAGAAGCUCAGAUCAUGUAUCAACAGGGCCUAAGGGCCAUGGAACAGGCUCCUGGGCCAGAUCAUCCAGAUGCUCUCAGCAGUAUAAAUUUGCUCGGCGAAACACUUCUCGAUCCAGAAAGGUAUGCCGAAGCGGAGGUUAUUUGUCGACGUACAUUGGUGGGCAGAGAGAAAGCUCUAGGAGUAGAUCAUCCAGCGACCCUUACGGCCGCCGAUAACCUUGGUCUGACACUGUAUCAUCAAGGAAAGUACGAAGAAGCGGAGAUGGUAUUUCAAUCUACACAGGCGGGUAGAAAGAAAUUGUUUGGAAUAUAUCAUCCAGAUACCCUGCUGAGCGCCCUUCGCCUGGGUAUGACGCUGCUUGAUCGGAAAAAGUAUGGAGAAGCUGAGAUCACCUAUCGGCAUGCCCUAGGGGUUAUGGAGAAUGCCCUGGGGCCUGAUCAUCCGGGGGUCCUCAACAGCAUGAAUACGUUAGGGGAGACACUGCUUGAUCUGAAAAGGUAUAGCGAAGCGGAAGCCAUGUGCCGUCGUGCGGUGGUGGGUAGAGAGAAGAUACUUGGACCAGAUCAUCGAGAUACCCUACUUAGUGUCAAUAAUCUUGGUCUGGCACUGCGUCAUCAGGACAAGCACCACGAAGCGGAAAUUAGUUAUCGACGUGCACUGAUUGGUACGGAGAGGACGCUUGGGCUUGACCACCGAGAUACUCUAGUGUGCAUGUACAAUCUUGCUGGAGCGUUGCACAAACAGAGAAAGUACGAUGAGGCGGAAAUGAUGCACCGGCGUGGGCUGGAAGGUCGGGAGAAGGUUCUAGGGCUGGGUCAUCGACACACCCUUCGUACCCUUAUCAAACUAGGCACCGUGCUGUACGAGAAGAGAAAAUACGAUGAAGCGGAAGUAAUGUAUCGACGCGCAGUUACGGAGGCAGCGAGAGCUCUAGGGCCAGAGCACCAUGUAACUCUAGCAAACUUUCACCAUCUCUCCAUGUUUCUCUUUUCACGGGCGACGCGUUCCUUGGAUGACGCAUCAUGAUGGCGAUGCAGGGUUCACGUUUCCCCCCCGCUGACAUUAUAUUUGCUAUUUCCCCAUACAUAAUAUCUUUUACCCACCUGUUAUAACGUCAGAUUCCUUCCUCCCUGGUGAGAGUGUUAAAUGGUUCAAUUCUUUUGACUGAUCCUAAACUAUCUUCGUGAUCAUAAUUUGGGCAACUAGCGCAAUGUUCUGCCAGUAUUACCAUUGAAAGGGCCUUUCCUAGUGUUGGUUAUUUGACUCAUUUCUCUUCUUGAUUGUGUUUUGGCCUUUAUUUCCUGUAUAUUAUAUGUUAUAUUUAUAUAGAGGUUGACUACUAUCCAGGGGAAGAAUAAAAUGGAAGGUGGAUCA